AUGAUUCACAUUUUUCCUAUCAUUCAUUGUUCAUUUCUUUCUUUCAUUCAUUUUCUUUCUUUCUUUCUUUCUUUCUUUCUUUCUUUCGUUUUAGAUUCUUUAUUACAUUUUCCGUUCCAUUCCUUGCUUUCUAUUCAAUUACUUCCUUUCUUUUUAAUUACUCCGAAUCUUUCUUUAUUUCUUUCAUUCUUUCAUUCUUUCUUUCUUUCUUUCUUUCUCAUUUUCUUUCUUUCUUUCAGUCCUUCUUCAUUUCUUUUUCCUUUCCUUUUCCUUUUUUUCUUUUUUCCUUUCUUUCCUUCUUCCUUUCUGUCCUUUUUUCUUCUUCCUUCUAUUCAUUCUUUCUUUUUCUUUCUUCUUUUUUGUCCUUCUUCCUUCCUUUUUUCUUUCUUUCUUUCUCUCUUUUUUUCUUUCUUCUUUUCUGACUUUCUUUUUCCCUUUCUUUUUCUCUUUCUUUUUUCUUCUUUUCUGUCAUUCUUCCUUUCUUUUUUCUUUCCUUCUUCCUCUUUCCUUUCUUUCCUUCUUCGUUUCCUUCUUUCUUUCUGUAUUUCUUUUUUAUUUGUUAGUAUUCUUGUUUUCUUUCUUUCUUUUUUCUUUUUCUUCCCUCUUCCCAUUCUUCGUUAUCUUUUUUUCUUUUUCUUCUUUCUUUUUCUUCUUUCUUUCUUUUAA